UGUCAAGCUACUGACACACUGAAAAUUUUAAUCGACUGUUUGUGUACGGCGAUAAAACAAAGGCUAUAUAGAAACACAUAAAAAUGAAACGAGUUAUUGUCCUAUGACCUAGGGAGUGUGUAAACAAACCAAAGAAGUUUUCGAUUACUGACACACCACGAGAUUUAACAUACAUCCGUCAACAACAAAUAUUUGUAAUUUUCUCCUCGUGAUAUAAAACAAAGGAAUAAAAUCCUCUUAUUACACCAUAUGAUUUUAAACUGUUUUACAACAUAUCCUAAGCUGCAGCAACAACACCUAAAAACGAACGGCAAUAAUUAAAGUUGAAAGUUCUUCCACUCGAUUGCUCUCUGAAGUCGUCCUAUUCGUUAUCGUGACUCGUGAAAAUUGGCUUGAAAUAGGAGUCAUACUUACCAUUUAUUUUUUAAAACAAAUCUGGUGAUAAAUAAAGACGUUUUUAUAAUUGUCUGGAUAAAGGCCUGUGGACUAUUUCAAUACAAAAUCUGCUGGACUUUCUAAGUCUCUUUCUCUGUCUUCAGUUAAGCAACAAAGGUAAAGACAGUCUUAACCCUAUACAGUAAAGAAUUCGAUUUUUUAAUAGAUUGAAAAUACAGAUUGCUGUCAAGAUAUUGUAAAGUUAAAAAUGUCAUAUUUCCUUCUGGCUUGUCUGAUCACAUGCGGGAUGCAGGUCGCUCUAUGUGCUAAAUGUUCUAAAGAACAAAUAAUGAUUUGUUCUAAAGAUGCUACCUGUAAUGUUUUGAGCAACGGUAAUGUGACAUGUACAUGUAACAGUAAUUUUAAAGGAAAUGGGACAUACUGUAAAGUUGUCAACGAGUGCUUAAUUCCUAAUUAUUGCAAAGACUAUCUCAAAGUAUGUGAAAAAGGAUCGGGCUGUUACUGUAGACCAGAAGAUCUUGCAUACAAGGAAGAUCUCCGUCAAACUAAAUGUGCAAAGAAAGGAAAAUGCAACGACAGUAACCCAAUUUGUGGUGAUAAUGCCUUUUGUAAAAAUUAUUUUAAAGGUCAUUUCUGCAAAUGUAAAUCCGGUUAUACGGGUAAUCCCUACAAUAUAGGAUGCACUGACAUUGAUGAAUGUGAAACAGAGAACUUGUGUCAUUCAAGUACUAUUUGUAAAAAUCUUCCUGGAUCUUAUCAAUGCAUAUCUGAUGUGAAGAUAAUAAACAAGACGCAAGAUAAGCAGGAUGGUGAUGAAGACAAGAAUACAAAUCAAGACAAAUGCAAAGAUGACACAGAUUAUAAAACUGUGGUAAUAUUGGUUUCAUUGUCAUUGGUCAUCGUCAUUUUUGUCUUUAUUGCAUUGGCUCUAAUCAUUUUUCUGAUUUUCAAGAAAAUAAAAACGUUAAAAGGGAAUGCAAACAAAAAAGAAAAUACAUUUUAGAACCAUUACCGAAAGUUGAAACUACGUAAACAGCUCGAUUUGAUUGUAAAGACAAUAAGACGAAGCAACUUUUUGAUUUUGUAGAGUCAAUAUACUUCGUUCAGAUGUAAUAUGUGGCUCGCGUGUAUGUAAUAUGUUCGUGAAAGGCAGAAACAAAACAUUUGUGUCGUUCUACGUUUUUUAUUUCGCUAUACUUUUCUUGAUUUAAUUAAAACUGAAUUCAUAUACAGUUUUUUUCACUACACACAAA